UGCUGGGACGAGUAGUCUACCGGGAUCCCAACCGCUGAGCGCAAUCGCCGAACGUACCAUGUCUGGCGCCGAAGAAAGUGAUGAGGAAGAAGAAGAUGUGGAAGGUGGUUGGCAAACGGCGAAAUCUAUCGGAAAUCGGGAAUUUGUGGUGAGAUGGGAUUGCCCAUUUGGGGAGCGAAACGUCAAACCGUGUGUUGUUGGAGCUAGCGGAUCAACCAGGGGAGAAUGGAGGAGAGGAUUUAUAGUGUAUGGUCUGCGAGAGAUGGCGAACCGGGCCUCGCUGACGAUGUUUUCGGUGCUAGUGCAAGAGCUGGCUCCAGGCGAGUCUGCGCAGCCUACUGCAGACGAGAAACUAUUGGCAGUCCCCCUGCUAGCCCUUAUGCAUUACACCAAGCUCAUCACUACCCUCCAUCUAGUCACUGUCGGUGCUGUUGAUCGCGUUCGACCUGGUCUCCUACACCCAGAAGGACAAGCAAAAUGGGAUGCAUGGAGUGAAGCACAGACGACUCCUGGAGAAGAUUGCAAGCGUUUAUAUGUUGAAAAAGUCAUCGAGGUUAUCUCGUCUAUGCCGGGUCGCAAUACCCUCGCCAGUCGCUUAGCAGACGCCCAAGAAAGCGAAGGCACCCGUCAAAAUCUCAAUCUAAGAGGAUUGGGUCGCAGAAUAGGUACAACCAGACCGACUGCCACUACAACCGCACCAGCCACCUCUACCGCACCCGCCGUCCCUCGUAAUGUCCCACCGCCCGAACCACAAUCUCCAAACGCAUCUUUUGCUGCGAGAAGGAGCACGAGGGUGAACCAGUUGCGAGUCCAGCAAGCUGGUCUCUCUUUUGAAUCACCGACACCUCAAGUCGGAGAUCCAUCUGCGGCACCCAUGUUGAAUUUGCGAGGGAGAAAAAAUGAUCCGACCAAAUUAUUUGCCAUCACACCAAACUCUUCCACACUACUCGCCUCGCCAGCCGGUUCUUCACCGAGAUAUGGUGCCAACAGAAAUAGAAGUCGAUCUAAUAGGAGAAAGUCCCUUCUCGGUCCAGGUCAAAAGGGAGGUUUCCUGAAUGCAUUCACUCCUAGCCGUCCUGGUGGGUUUGAAGAUUCGAGCCUACUACACCAUGAUGGUACUUCGACGGCAGAUUCGUCAUUGAUGGCAUUGAGUCCGAUGAAACUUAACAUUCAGGCUGAAGGGAAUGAUGAUCGCUCUGUCGAUGCAACCUCUCGUGAUGCCUUUUGGCUUGCCCAGGUUCACUUUCAAACGGGCGAUUAUGCUCGAGCCGAAAGGCUACUAACGCGACCCUUUACGAUCAAAAACGCCCAAGAUAUUUCGGUAUCAGACUCUCCGAUAGACCCAGGACCAGGCUCUACAUCAUUUGGAUUCGCGUUAGGA